AUGGUUAAGCUAUCUCGUGGUCUCAUCGAAUCACUUUUUUUUAUUGGAACUUGGACUUUCUGUUUGUAUGCUCAAUCCUUCCGAUGGAGAAGAUAUUCUACUGCAGUUUGCAAGCACCAACAUCACGUCGGUAAUGUAUCCACGGCUUGGCAAUCGGAAGACACACACAGGGAAGUUAAUCUGUUUAUCUAUUUAUAUGAUGAGUAUGAUAAUACUGCCCGUGUUGACCGCCAUUCCGAGUAUUCUCGUCUUCAAAUCAACACGCGAGUAAUUUAUUCCCACUAUGGCCUAUGGGGAGGUAGCCAGCGUUUCUUUCGCUAUGUUUACUACGGCAUGGUUCACUAUGACCUUCAUCAUGCACAGGCGUGCGAAGAAUACAUGGGAAAGGCAAGGGAAAUACUGGAACUGGCUUUGGCUUCCUUCGCAGCGACCAAAGCAAAAAAAGGGGACAAUCAAUCAGCCACGGAAGAGGAGCUCAAAUCCGUAUCCAUGCCACUGUUGAGAUAUUUUAGUUUGAGGAUAUCGUUUGACCGAUACGAACUGCAACCCUAUCGCCCACCACCACCACGCCCAUAUCAAUCCACCAAGCCAUAA